AUGAACUUUACCGCCCAAUUUCCCAGAAAUAAGGGUAGAAAUAGGUCUGAUGAUGUUGACGACGACCUCGAGGAAACAUAUUUGAAGCGUGAGAGGGAAAAGGGAUCUGACGAUUUUAUCCCUCAUAAAUUUGGGGAUUUAACGAUUUUUUUGACGGAAGAACUAUUUAAGAGCACCCAUAUUAACGUUAGGGACCGGGUUUCAAGACCAUUUUCAGAUUCACCGCCAACUCAUUACACUCUAAAAAUAGAGGCGUUUUCGUUGCUGAAGAAGCAUUCAACAUCAGAGGGUAGCUUUGAGUCAGGGAAGUUUGACGCUGGAGGAUACAAAUGGAAACUGGUGGUCUACCCAAAUGGAAACAAGAAGAAGAAUGUGGAAGACCACAUCUCUGUCUACUUAAAAAUGGCUGGAGCAAAUUCACUUGAGACUCGUUGGGAAGUCUCUGUUGAUUUUAGAUUGUUUUUGCUUGAUCAGAAUACGGGAAAAUACUUGGUUCUUCAAGAUGCUAAUCUAAACAAGAUUUGCUUGCACCGGGCGAUGCUCGAAAUGGGUUUCGAUAGAGUUAUCCCUCUGAAAGCAUUUGCUGAUGCUUCCAAUGGCUAUCUCAUUGAUGACAAGUGUGUGUUUGGAGCCGAGGUCUUUGUUUGUAAAGAAAGAAGAGCAGGCAAGGCAGAGUGCCUAUCAGGGAUCAACAGUGCUUCUACGAACAAGUAUGUUUGGAAGAUUGAGAAAUUUUCAAAGUCAAAAACCGAAUGCUUGGAAUCACAACCGUUCAAUGCUGGAGGACAGACGUGGAAGAUAAAGCUCUAUCCCAAGGGAGCUGACGACGGAAAGGGUACUCAUGUUUCUAUUUACUUAAAAUGUGCUAAUCCAGAAAAGCUGUCUCCUGGCUCUCAAAUACUUACAGAGUUCACUCUGCGCAUCGUAGAUCAAUUGAAUGCCAAGCAUUUUUAUAGUAAAGAUAUUCAAUGGUUCUCAGCUUUGGGUAUUGGUUGGUCUAAUUUCAUUACAUUGGGAAAUUUCAAACGGUUAGACAAGGGUUAUUUGCUGAAGGAUACUUGCUUAAUUGAGGCGGAGGUCACUGUCCAUGGAAUUGCUAAAGCAUUAUAG